UGAUACAAUUGCCAGAGGGUGGGGUUAGGCAGCUUUUAAAAAAAUCAGAAGGAUAAGCACGUGCUCAGUUCAGCUCCGGCGAACUCAAAAGUUUGAAAGGAAGUAGUCGGGAAGAAAGAUGGCUUUAUCCGUCUGUAAUUGCCUCAUCAGUGAACGCGUAGAUGCCAGCUGCAAGAAGAUUCUAGAAGAAAAUGGCAUCAAAGUGGUCCAGAGGGAAACAAUGACCAAGAAUGAGCUCCUAGCUGAAAUUAAGGACUAUGAUGGUCUUAUUAUCCGUUCUGGAACAAAGGUUACUGCUGAUGUCAUAAAUGCUGCAAAGAAUCUGAAGAUAAUUGGCAGAGCUGGAACUGGAGUAGAUAAUGUGGAUGUGGAAACAUCAACAAGGAAUGGAAUCAUUGUGAUGAACACACCGAAUGGAAACACAAUUAGUGCUGCUGAAAUGACUUGUGCAAUGAUCAUGUGCCUGGCCAGGCAAAUUCCACAGGGAGUUGCUUCCAUGAGAGCUGGAAACUGGGAGAGAAAGAAGUUCAUGGGCAUGGAGUUGUUUGGGAAAGUCCUUGGAAUUGUAGGACUUGGAAGAAUUGGCAAAGAAGUAGCAAUCAGAAUGCAAUCAUUUGGAAUGAAGACCAUAGGCUAUGAUCCAAUAAUUCCUGCUGAAGUGGCUGCUACAUUUGGAGUAGAAUUCCUGGCUCUGGAACACCUGUGGCCACAAUGUGACUUCAUCACUGUCCACACCCCUUUAACGCCAUCUACCAAGGGUUUGUUGAAUGAUGAGAACUUUGCCAAAUGUAAAAAGGGAGUCAAAGUUAUUAAUUGUGCUCGAGGAGGUAUUAUUGAUGAGAAAGCGUUACUUCGGGCAUUGGAAUCUGGACAGUGUGGUGGUGCAGGACUGGAUGUAUUCGAAGAGGAACCACCCAAGAAUCUUUCUCUAGUGAAACAUCCAAAUGUAGUCAGUUGUCCACAUCUAGGUGCCAGCACCCAUGAAGCCCAGAGACGCUGUGGAAAGGACAUUGCAACUCAAAUUGUGGACAUGGUCACGGGCAAGUCAUUAGUUGGAGUGAUUAAUGCCCAGGCUCUUAGCCAUGCUAUGACCCCUGAAACCAAACCCUGGAUCCAGCUUGGGGAAGCACUAGGUUUGGUGGCAAAAGCAUGUACUGGACAAGGAAAUGGUAAAAUCAAAGCACAAGUUACAACACUAGGCACAUUCUUGAAAAAUGCUGGGAACUGUGUUGCCACAGCUGUGGUAGUAGGAUUGCUUAAAGGAGACUUGGAAAACCAUGUCAAUCUCAUCAAUGCAUCCCUGUUCGCAAAAGAAGCAGGACUGGAUAUAACUGCUAAGCACAGCGAUUCAACUCCAGAAUUUUCAACUGACGAAUGUGCACUGGAAAUUUCAACUUCUGGUGUCUCCCAUAAACUUGUGGGCUCUGUACAAGCAGGUGUUCCUGUGCUACUGGAAAUUGAUGGAGCAGUGUUCGGAAAAGUAGUUCCCCUCAAGGGAAACCUAUUGAUUUACAAAUCUGCACAAAAUCCUCACAAUUUGGCAUCUGUUGUGGGUGUGCUUGCUUCAGCUGGAAUUCAGAUUGAGUCAUACUGUGUUUCAGCUGUUUUGGAUGGAGAACAGUGGAAUAUUAUGAACAUUGCUGCAUUAUUGGUGGAUCUGAAUCCUCUUCAGCCAUAUAUGAAAGAGGUGAUACAGCUGGCAAUAUGAGUGAUCAAAUUAAUGUUAUAUUCUAAAAACCUGCAGCACGGUUUAGAAACAGGUUUGAUCAAAAAGUAGCCAAUAAUUUUACAUUACUGAACUUGCACUUCAACAAAGUUGCCUUUUCUUCAAAUCUUUUAAAAGAAUUACCUUGUUAUCAAAUAGUAAUAAUUUGAGUAUUAGUAAUAAAGUUAUCAACUCAUGAUAUCAAAAAACUAACAAUCAUUGUAUAGACUGUACACUGUUUAUUCACCAACUUUGUCUAUUGUCAGCAACAGCAUAAACUUAGUUUUUGUUGCAAAGUCUGUCAUUGCAGUAAUAAAUAUUACUUCUAAGCA